CCCAAAACUGCACAUUGUAUUAGGAUGUCAUCAAUCAUCCACCAUUUUUGUUACCCAAUAAAGCACCUCUCUAGUACUAAAAAGCAUCUUCACCUUCUUCUUCAACAGCUUCUGUGGUUAUGGUGUGAGCCACAUAUUUAAAACGACAUACAUUCAUUCAUUCUAAGAAACUUCCAAACCGAACAAAUUUAAAAAAAAAAAAAAAAAAAAGGAUCAAACACUAUACAAUGAGAUUGAUUUUUAUAUACUACAUACACAAUCAGACUAGUUGAUUAGAUAUAGUUAUAUAUAGUGGAGCUCCAAUCCGAUUGAAUACCUACCUCUCUCUCUCUCUCUCUUUCUCUCUCUCUCAAAUAUUAUGUUGUAAAAUAGUAUCCUUCCCUACAUAGCAUAAAUCAUUUACUUCCAUCAACAAAUAUUUUAUCACCUGCUAUCAUCACAAAUUUCAUAUACAAUAGAGGCUGCUCACAAAAUAUUAUAUCCAAUGGAACCACUAACAAAGAAACCAUGUCCUUUUGAGGCUUCAAGCUUCAUCAACACACCAGAGGCUACUUCAAUGGAGAACCCAAAAGAGGACGCACAAGAAAAAAGAGAACAGCAAGAAGAUCAAGAAUUAGAGAGGAUUACCGAUCCAAAGAUUGAUCUCAAGCUCUCUUGCAAGGACUCCAACGAUGUGUGCAAUCCAGAGCUCAAUCUUCUUGAUUGUUUGAACAUGGGUUCGGCUCAAAUUUCAUCCGGAGCUCCCCACAUGCCCGAUGCUGAGCCUCGAGUUUUCUCCUGCAACUAUUGCCAAAGAAAAUUCUUUAGUUCACAAGCAUUAGGGGGGCACCAAAAUGCCCACAAGAGAGAGAGGACUCUUGCAAAAAGAGGGCUUAAAAUAGGGUCACCUCUAGGGCACUCCUACUUGCACCAUUAUCCUAGCAUGGCUAGUCUUCCUCUCCACGGAGGCCCUCUUGGAAUUCAGGUUCAUUCAAUGAUCCAUAAACCUUCUUACAUACCAAGUUCUUCCGGGAUUAGGGGUAUGUAUGGACAAAAUGGGUGGUUAAGGCUUCCUAUUGACCAACAGCCGACUAUAGGGAAGCUAGCAGUAGAUAAUUAUCAAGCAAGUGCAGCAACCGAACCGUCGUCCCGAGGUGGGAUUGGGAGAUUUGGCACAGUAAGGAUGAUGACUGGUUCUCCAGCUGAUGAGGUGAUCGGUGGCAGUUAUUGGUGGGCAGGUGGUGGUGUUGGUGGUCACUUGAAGACUAAUCAGGAUGAGAUGCAAAAGCUUGACUUGUCCCUCAAGCUCUAAGAGUAAUAUUUUUGUAUAUUGAUCAUAGAAAAGUGUCAUGAAAUUUGGUUUCUUUGUUCUUGAAUUGGAACUAUUCAGCUCAUAUAUACGUUGCUGUGCGUGUGUGGUGUUGGGAGUAGAUCUUCUUUCAAGGUAUUUUGGAACCACUUGAAGAAAAAACCAGUAUAGUGUUAAGCAUCCUUUCUUUCUGUAAUAAGACCAGAAGCAUCUAGUUGUUACCUUCAAGAGCAGGAAAUUGGAUGAGACCAAACAUAGAGCUAGAACAGAUCAUGUCAAGAGCAGCACAAAUAAGAGACAAGCGGCGUGUCAAGGAACCUAUGAAAUGGAUGCCCUAGCCUUCCUCCCUUUACCUUAAAACGCAAUGGCAAGGACAUAUAGACUUUCGGACCUAGCUUCCCGGUCCUCUAGGUUUGUUAGAAGGGAAAUCGUUUUGUCACGAAAAAUGUGUGUGUGUACUUUUUGUUCAUUUAUGUUGGGUCAGUCUAUCUGCCUACAUCUAAAUGUAUUGCUGGAACUUCAUGUCAUUGUUGUACUUCCAUCUCUAAAUCUAGAGGAGAUGCAGUAGAAAACAUUGUAGAGAGAAUUGACACCUUUUAGAAAGCUACAAACUUCUGCUAAUGUAACAAUUACUUUCCAAGUUAAUUUUCCUACUCAAAAACUAAAGACAUAUUCUUGAUC